AACAUUUAUAACCUGUCUGCUUCGUCAAGAGGAGACUUUAUUGAUCAUCACAAGACAUACAGCCCAUUGAUAACAUGAAAUCAACUCUGCUUUUAGAAAUGCGCCCUCCCUCCUUAAAAGAGAUUUUUUCAUCAGCCUUAUUUCCACAUGGACUUCUCCAUGUCAUGAGUUUGCGUCGACAGCUAAGAGCAGAAGGGAAACAAUAUUAAACAAUUACCGAAUAAACGUGAGUCAGAGGAGUUUUUUUUUUUUUUGUUUGUUCCUCCUCUGGGUUCCUGGCGUGUGUGCGUGGGGGGGCGCAAAAUACUGCGCGAUUACUGCCUGAUUGAAACCAGAUGCAGCCGUGUGUGUGUGUGUGUGUGUGUGUGUUAACAAUGUGGAAGCGUGUGUGCUGUACAAACAGGACCGCGUUUACGUUCAACGGAAAGCACGUGGAGGAGGCGUCGCUGGAUGCUGUUUAAUUGGCGCGUAAUUACGCACGGCGACCCUUGGCAGCUCGAUACGGGAUUCUACCCAUAUUGUGAUACUUGUAACCGCAUGCGUAUCCACAGAUGCCGCGUUGACGCCCCACAGACCGGUCGCAGUUGGCGUGAAAACAUCCAGAGAGGAUGUGCAGGCUCGUCAAGAUGGCCGGUUGUGCAGCUCGCACUCGUGGAAUACUCCUGGAUUACAGCAGAAAGACUCCUUUACUCCCCUGGGACUAGGAGCAGCGUUUCCUCCGUGAACAGCCUGCACGUUCUGAGUCCUCGAACACACUUUGCUGAGAUGAGUCCGUUCUACAUCGUGAUUGAAGUAGCGAUCGCUGUUCUCUCCAUAUCCGGCAACAUACUGGUGUGCUGGGCCGUCGCCAUCAACACCACGCUGAAGAACGCCACCAACUAUUUUCUGGUGUCCCUGGCUGUGGCUGAUAUUCUGGUCGGUUGCCUCGCCAUCCCCUUCGCCAUCACCAUCAGCCUCGGCAUAGAGCUGGACUUCUACGGGUGCCUCUUUCUGGCAUGUUUUGUCUUGGUACUGACACAGAGCUCCAUAUUCAGCCUCCUUGCUAUUGCAAUUGAUAGAUAUCUGGCCGUCAAAAUUCCUCUGAGGUACAAGGAGUUGAUGACGGGAAAGACUGCCCGAGAGAUCAUCGCCAUAUUAUGGAUCCUCUCCUUUGUCAUUGGUCUCAUCCCCUUCUUUGGGUGGAACUUGAGGCACCCGAGCUGCAGGAACAGCAGCUCAGUUGGGGACAACACGACAAACACUGGCCCCGGGGGGCUGAAGGCUGGAGGAGACUUACUAUGGAGCUGCAAGCUCAGCUGCUUCUUUGAGAGCGUGGUGGACAUGCAGUACAUGGUCUACUUUAACUUCUUUGUCUGCGUGCUGCCGCCGCUACUCAUCAUGCUGGGCAUCUACCUGAAGAUCUUCACCGUGGCCAGGAAGCAGCUGCGACAGAUCGAGCUCAAGUGCGUUGGCAACGGGGACAGCCACCACCACGGGCUGCUGCAGAAGGAGAUCCGGGCCGCCAAAUCCCUCUCCAUCAUCGUGGGACUGUUCGCCAUCUGCUGGCUGCCCGUCCACAUCCUCAACUGCCUCACGCUGUUUUACAAGCAGCUGGAGAAGCCCGACAUCAUCAUGUACAUGGCCAUCAUUAUGUCUCACGCCAACUCGGCGGUCAAUCCCAUCAUCUACGCUUACCGCAUCCAGGACUUCAGAACUACCUUCCGCAAGAUCCUGGCCCAACACUUCCUGUGCCGCAGGGAGGAACUGUACCUCAGCUCCAACGGCAGCAGGCGCAACAGAGACCAGAUCCACAUGACCAUUGACCCUCUGCUAUAGAGAGCCGUAUCUGUGUCUGUUUCGCUCUUGAAUUUCAUGUUCACUGAGGUUUAUAAUGUUUACAGAACAAGGAUGUAUGUGAAGACGAACAGAUGUUAUUUAUGAAUUAUAAUCGGGUCGAGCGGCGAAAUGUUGAACGGAGAGUCUUACGUAACUUUUGUAUUGUGAAGGAUUUUUUUUUUAUUUUUAUUUUAAAACAGACGUGUUGAAGCUAACUGGAUUUGUAGGACUGUGAACAGGAUCCAAACUUUGCUACAUUCUGAACUGCUAUUUAUCAUUCUCAAUCCACCCUGUGACAAACACUCCUUUUUACGCCCUGCUAUUUUGUAUUGCCUUGUCGUCAUUCAGUGCCAGUGUUUGUUCAUUUAUUUAUUACAAGACCUUAUCUCUGAGAAUGUAAAGAUCAAAAGACUUUGUGUGGCUAGAUCUGUACUCGUGGACCUAGAAUGGUACAAUAGUCGUCGUCUACAUCUGUGGUUAUUUCUGGCUCGUGACCCUUUAAAAAUGAAUUCAUACUCAUGACCAUCACAGGCUCGGUAGACAGAAAGAAGUUCAGGUUGUUUUGGUUCUUUGCGUCGAUACAUACGUUUGUAAAACUGUAAUAUUCUUGAGCUGCUGCUUGAUCUAAGUGCCAUAAAUGUGUGUACAGGCAGUGGUCUUCAGAGGAAUCCAUAACGACGCAGGCUCUCAUACAUAUGAGGAAAUGAAAACAGCAGAAAAAAGGGGCAGGGGGAUGCAAACAUGAGUAAGAAAAUAUACAUUCCCGUCAGAUGAAUCAUUUCUCUUAGCCUCAGGGGUCACAACAUUAUCUCGUGACCUCACUGUGGCUGAGAGCCAGGGGAAGUGAUUUUGUGGCUAUUCAGUCACACAGACCCAGAUGUAAGUAAUUUAGCGAAACACACCUGCGCCGGUGCUCCAUAUCAUUUCCAUGUUAACAAAGCAAACGCUCAGGAAGUAGGAAACUGAUUGUAUCUUUUAUAGAAAUAUGGCAUCUACACACCAAAAGUGACAUCUUCGAGUUGCUUCUUUUGUCCAGCAGUCCAAAUCCCUGAGACAAAUCCUCACACUGAAACUAGUUAAUGUUUGACAUUUUUCACUUGAGGAAUGCCUUCAUCGAUUAUCAAAACUAGGUGGCAGUUCAUUUUAUUUCAGUCGACGAAUCAGUUUAUCAUUGCAGCUCCAUUUCAAGUCAGUGAAAUACAUCACUCCUCAUCAUCCAAGCCUCUGGUACACGUGCAUUUAGUGGCUUACGUAAUAUAAAGCACCAUUGCUUUAGGUCAGUUGGGUGUAUAUGAAUGUCAUUUGAUCUGAGGAGUCCAGCUGACAAUCACUCCCCCUGCAGUCACAGUCUCAGCUGGGAUCCCGAGGCCUUCGUGUGCCCUGUUAGCACAGUCAGUCCCCCACAAGCUGCUGCAGUCGUCAACUGAACCGAGCAGGUUGACUUAAAAAGGGGCGAAACCUCUAAGAUGUGUUGCACUGACGAAUCAUUUAAUCCAACAGAUAGUGGGCCAACACUCCUUACUGAGUUGUCCGAUAAGUAAGUCCAUAAGCACCUGAUGCUUGGCCUGUGUUCUGCAGGGGUGUGGUGGUGAGCAUUGUUGUGCAUGUUCCUGCUUGAUUUCUGAAACUGAGGACGGGAGCUGAUAAAUCGCGUGGUGAGUUUUAUCUAAGCGAAGCGGCGCUUGGUUCGGUCGUAAGUUAUUUGUGAAAAUACUGAGGGUGAAUUUGGUCACCUGAGAGCCAUCACUACGCAGAUGAAAACACAUUGCACUGACAUUUUUCAAUUAUUUCCUGUUCGGUGUGCGUCACCGGUGGUGUUGAACCAUGUUGUGUUGGUGUUAAGGUGUUCUUAAGCUGAGCACUGCUUCACUAUCUCCCCCUCGUCGUGUCCAGUGUCCCACCUCUGACUAACUUCAAGGGCUAAAAUACAGGAGUGUGCCAAAGUACAUUCCAAUGGAGACAUCUAUACUGUAACUGCACUGUAACGUUGUGUUAUUGUCUUGUUUGACUGACAUGUAAAAAUAAGUACUGUAGGUGUCCGGCUUUUGACAAGCUAGUGAUUGAUGUCAAACUGUUGCCUUCUUCGAUUUUAAAAGGUAAGACUGACGAUGACGAGUUGAUCUAGUUCAACAUUCCUGCCUUUCAUUCCCAAGUACCUGUACCUGUCAGUGUGCUAUAGUGUUGCUACUAAUCAGGAAGGAAAAAAUAAAAACAAAAAACAUCCACUGUGGUCUGAUGUUCAACCUUUCCAGAGGCCAUUCUUUCUUUCAUUCAACAAAACUACAACUGCGAUACUAUUUAACAUGAUGCAAUCUGUAUGUAUGGUGGAUUAUUUUGUUAAUAAAGGCAAUGUUUAUAUUGUUACA